GAAUCGUCGCAACCCGACUGGUUCGUCCUUCCAGAGGGCAGGACGAAGGCGAUGGUGCCCGCAGCCACCUCCCCUCCUCCACCCGGAUCUCCCUUUGCUGCUCAUUGUUGACUCAUUUGAUCGCCAUCAGACUUUCUUCCCCUCAGGUUCUACGCCUCCCGUUGAAUCCCAAUAGUCCGUCGUCUCCAACCGCAAUCUGUGUUUCCUCCGACGAUGUCAAAACCCUCAUCAAGAGUCGUCCAUGGUCUCCUCAGGUUACAGCUCAUUCACCUUCACAGCCCAAAGCCCUCUCUCUCUAGAGCUCAAUCCUCUUACGCGAACUUCUCAGCUCGGGAUCCACUCUCCUCAGCUCAUCAUCGUGCGUCUUCUUUCACUGGGUCCUCGAGUUCCUCAGUUUCGGUUCCGACUAAAUUCCAGCUGAAUCGAGCAUUUCCCACCAAACCCGCCUCGUUUGCACCAUUUCCCAAUGUGGGUUUGUCUCAAAAUCCCUACUUCCCCAGAGCUGCUAAUGUUCCACUCGGGCUCAGGUACUUCUCCAACAAGAGCUCACCGGACUACAAGAAUUUCGCCAAGAGGGCCUUCGAGAAGCCGGCGAAUUCUGUUGUUUCCACUUUCUCCAAGUACCGCGAGGCCAUUGGGCUGCAGAUUGAAUCGUUCUUGAGGAGGAAUUACCUCGUUCUGGUGGGGGCAGGUGGGGUCUUGGUGUGUGCAUUGUUGUGGAGGAUCAUGUUUGGGCUUGCCAGCACUUUUGUUGGAAUCUCGGAGGGUAUGGCGAAGUACGGGUUUCUCGCCCUUUCAUCUGCUAUUGUUGCUUUCGCAGGUCUCUACAUCCGGUCGAGAUUCACGAUCAACCCAGACAGAGUAUAUAGAAUAGCCAUGAGAAUGCUCAACACCCAUGCUGGGAUCCUUGAGGUGAUGGGGGCCCCACUCUCAGGAACAAGCUUAAGAGCCUAUGUGAUGUCAGGAGGAGGUGUUACGUUCAAGAAAUUCAAGCCGAGGCUCAGAAGCAAGCGAUGUUUCCUCAUAUUCCCUAUACGAGGCUCUGAAAGGAAAGGUUUAGUCAGUGUCGAAGUCAAAAAGAAAAAGGGCCAGUAUGACAUGAAGUUGUUGGCGGUUGAUAUUCCCAUGGCAACUGGUCCAGAUCAACAGUUAUUUCUAGUUGGAGAUGAAGAGGAGUACAGGGUUGGCAGUGGAUUGAUAUCGGAGCUGAGGGAUCCUGUCUUGAAAGCAAUGGCAGCUACCAAGGAAUUUGAUGAUCUCGAUGAGAUGGAGGAGGAGGAGGAUGCCGAAAGAGAACUCCAGGAGGCAGAGAGGAAGCACCGAGAAGAAAUGGAGAAGCUUGAGAAGGCGGGGAGGGAGUGACAUUUGCUUGUAAAGAUGGAUACUCUUCUCUGUUCGACUUUUAUGCAUAGUGAUUUUCUCUUCCAAAGGAUUUGAUUUUCCCUGAGGAAUUGUUUGUAGCAGCACCUCACAUCUGUACGAAAAGGGGGAUUUUCGGGUUUUCUUUGAGGUCCCCGAGUUGAAUGACCUGUAAUAAACAUCUCUCAGAGAUCUCGAGCAAUAAUUUUGUGCUAAGAGUCGGCAUUCGUUCCCAGUUUAAA